AUUUUAUCACGAUUGGCCAAACCAAGUAUUUUGCUAGUCCAUCCCCUAGCCACUGCUUUACUGUAACCGUUGGGACAUGGUCGCUGUGAUGGUUUACUUAAGUUCACGUGUUAAGUGAGACACUGGGAGAUAUCUCCUACCAAGUCAAAGACCUUGCAACAAGCUGGCAGCUGGGAACUUUGCUGCUUCUGUGUCUGAUUUUGUGGUUACAAAACUUGCUCUGGGCUCAUCGACAAGGCUUCACAUCUCAGCUCCAUCAGACGCUGUCCUUGUCACUUUGCUAUCCUUGCUCUUGGAGACGUUCUGUUGUUGGGCGGCGUGCAUUCAGAUCGAGCAUGGCUUUCAAGAAUGUCUCAUCCAGCGCUGACUCUGCUCCCCUCCCCUUCGAAUACGUACCCGUCGAAGAAGUCGAGAGACUCGAAAAGUACCAGCCUGGUGGAUAUCACCCUAUAAUGAUAGGUGAUAUUCUGCAAUCCCGAUACCGUGUAGCCCACAAGCUAGGCUACGGAACCUAUUCAACCACCUGGCUCUGCCAAGACUGCCAGUCUGGUAAAUAUGUGGCAGUCAAGGUUGGAACUGCAGAGUCAAGCGCUCGAGAGGUGGAUGUCCUCGAUUAUCUCAAUCACUCUUCCCCACUUGACCACCCUGGAAGGGCAAUGAUACCCUCCGUUCAAGACAGAUUCGUCCUCCGUGGCCCUAACGGCAACCACUCUUGCUAUGUGACAGCCCUAGCAAGGUGUAGUAUCUCCGGUGCUAAGGACGGAUCGUAUCGACGUAUAUUUCAGGCUAAGACAGCUCGUUCUCUUGUUAUGCAACUUGUACUGGCUGUCGAUUACAUUCAUAGUAAAGGAGUCGUUCAUGGAGAUCUUCACGUCGGCAAUAUCCUUCUGCGUCUCCCGACCGAUUUUGACCAACUGUCUAUUGAGCAGCUAUAUGAAAGAUACGGUCCGCCUGUGUCUGAGCCAGUUGUUCGUCUUGACGGUCAACCCCUCCAGCCUAACGUUCCAUCUAGUGUUGUCCUUCCGAUCUGGCUUGGAAAAGCCUCGGAGGAAUUCACGAGUUCAGAAUCUAGAGUCUUACUUAGUGAUUUUGGGGAGGCAUACCGACCCUCAACAGAGCAUCGGUAUAGCUCGCACGCCCCUCUAUCCUUCAUGCCGCCUGAAGCCCGAUUUGAGCCAGAACUGGGUCUUUCCUUCCCAGCUGACAUCUGGACUCUUGCAUGUUCUAUAUGGGUAAUACUCGGUCAGCGUCCCUUGUUCGAGGACAUACUAGCCACUCCGGACGACAUCACAGCGGAGCAGGUUGACACUCUAGGGCAAUUACCUCUACGGUGGCAGAAGAAUUGGGAGGCGAGACACGAGUAUUUCGAUGAAAGCGGAAAACCAAAUCAAGGUCGACAAGUGAGGUCUUGGGAUGAACGCAUUGAAAAGCACAUCCAACUCCCACGGCAGAAGGCUGCAAUCCCGGCAUUUGAUGCAGAGGAGAAAGCUGCUGUUAUGAACAUGUUGCGGUCAAUGCUAUCUUUUGAGCCAGAGAAGCGGUUGACUGCACAUGAUGUUCUAAAAUGUGAAUGGAUGGGAAAAUGGGCAUUGCCAGACUAUGAGGAAUGUCACUUUAGCGACAGCGUAGGCUACGAAAAAUACCUAUAAUCCUGCUGAUUCCUUUGAUAACAUUGAGCAACGGUGGUGAUGAUGCCAUUAACUAAUACCCCACAAAGACCACUGCUCCGGCUAGAGUUGAUAUUCAGAAG